GAGGCGGUAGAGCACCUAAAGCUGGUUUGCCAACUGCCAAUAAACAGAAGACAAAAAGAGGAAUCACCACUACUGCCCUCAGUCUGAGAUCUGAUGGAGGAGAAAGAGGAGAGCAAAUAAUCAUCAUCAUGUCAAAACUGGAGAAAUCUUUCAGUUGCUCACCGAAAAGAAGAGCCAAGGAAUCAUUCCCCUGCCCUCAGUGUGGAAAGAGUUUCACAACCAAAAAAAGUCUUCAACCUCACAUGAAAAUCCACACUGGAGAGACAUCGCACACGUGUGAUCAGUGCGGGAACAGUUUUGCACGAGCACACACUCUUAAAUUACAUCUUCAUUCUCAUUCUGGAGAAAGACAGUUUAACUCUGAUCAAUGCAGCAAAAAAACUGGGAAGAGGUGCCUGAAAGCUCCUACAAAGAAGAAGCUUCACGUGUGCUCUCUGUGUGGAAAGAGUUUCACUCGGCUGGAUAAUCUAAAAUUUCACUGGAAAAGACACAACGGUGUGAAGGAUCACGUUUGCUUAGAUUGUGGCAGGAGCUUUACUAGAUCCGAUGCAUUGAAAGGGCACCAGAGAGUUCACACUGGAGAAAAACCUUACAAGUGUUCACACUGUGACAAGAGAUUCAGUCAGACUGGGACUCUGAAAAUACACGUGAGGACCCACACUGGAGAGAAGCCUUACAAAUGUGAUCAAUGCGGU